UUUUUCAGCCCAGUAGGAGUCAGCUAUGCACAUGUCACAAGACUUGGAGGAAACUCACACACCCUCCUAUUGUCUUCCACAAAGUUUAAAAAGCUGCAACUGGGAGGGACCCUCAGAUAGUUUUGGUGGCCCAUUCUGUUCCUCUUGGAGUUGACAUAUGAAUGUGUUGGAGGGGAAAGUAAAUCAUCAUAUAUUCUCCUUUCGUAUUGUUUAAAUCCCUGGAAGAAGCAGCUUUAAAAAGAAGAUUAAGCCAAAAUGACAACUGCUCAAUUUGACUGUCAAUACUGCAUGGCAUCACUUCUUGGGAAGUAUGUACUAAAGGAUGACAAUCCAUACUGUGUUACUGGUUAUGAUCGUAUCUUUUCUAACUAUUGUGAGGAGUGCAAAGAACCAAUCGAAUCAGAUUCCAAGGAACUUUGUUACAGAGGUCAUCACUGGCAUGAAGGAUGCUUCAAUUACGCCAAAUGCAACCAGCCUUUGGUGGAAAAGCCUUUUGCUGCCAAGGAUGAGUGCAUGCUGUGCUCUGAGUACUCUUCUAACGAGUGCUCCUCCAAGUGCUUCCAUUGUAAGAAGACCAUCAUGCCUGGCUCCCGGAAAACGAAAUUUAAGGGAAACUACUGGCAUGAAACCUGCCUUGUGUGCGAGCACUGCCGACAGCCAAUAGGAACUAAACCUUUGAUUUCCACAGAGGGUAGCAAUUAUUGUGUGCCGUGUUUUGAGAUGGUGUUUGCUCACUACUGCAGCUUUUGUAAGAAGGUGAUUACUUCAGGUGGGAUAAUGUUUUGUGACCAGCCAUGGCAUAAAGAGUGUUUUCUGUGCAGUGGCUGUAGGAAAGAGCUCUGUGAAGAAGAGUUUAUGUCCAGAGAUGAUUAUCCAUUCUGCUUGGACUGCUACAACCAUCUUUAUGCCAAAAAGUGUGCCACCUGCACCAAGCCUAUUAUUGGUCUCAGAGACACCAAGUUUAUCUGCUUUCAAGACUGCCAGUGGCACAGCGAAUGCUUUAACUGUGGGAAGUGCUCAGUCACCUUGGUGGGGAAAGGCUUCCUGACUCACAACAAGGAAAUCUUCUGCCACAAAUGUGGCUCUGGGGUGGACACUGACAUGUAGAAGGAGACAGUCCUUCCCCACCUGAAAUCCACCUUUCUUUUGUUCUCACUAAAUCCAGAACUC